ACUGGGUAAGCCGGUCAAAACAACGACUACGAAAAAAGCUCCGCCGCAGAUUCUCAGAUCGGAUCUUUUUGCGCUAGAGAGAGAAAGAGAGAGAGAGAUGCAGAGGGACGUGUCGAGCUGCAACACUUACAACUAUGGCGACGCUCUCUAUUGGGACGCGCGUUACGUGCAAGACGCGCUCUCCUUCGACUGGUACCAACGCUACUCUUCUCUCCGCCCUUUCGUCCGCAGCUUCGUCCCUACUUCUUCACGAGUCCUCAUGGUCGGCUGUGGCAAUUCCCUUAUGUCAGAGGACAUGGUGAAGGACGGAUACGAGGACAUUAUGAAUGUUGAUAUCUCUUCUGUGGCUAUUGAGAUGAUGCAAACCAAAUAUGCGUCUGCUCCUCAGCUCAAAUAUAUGCAAAUGGAUGUUAGAGAUAUGAGCUACUUUGCGGACGAGUCUUUUGAUACCGUCAUUGAUAAAGGAACACUUGAUUCAUUGAUGUGUGGCAAUGAUGCUCCUCUAAGUGCUCCGAGAAUGUUGGGUGAAGUUAGCAGGCUGAUUAAACCUGGAGGGACCUAUUUCUUGAUAACCUACGGUGAUCCAAAAGUGAGAAUGCCUCAUUUGACUCGUUCUGCGUACAACUGGAAGAUCUCCUUAUACAUCAUACCAAGACCGGGAUUCAAAAGGCCAGGAAGCUGUAGCUCGUCAGCUAAAACGUGUCUGGAAGCUAUACCUAUGACAAGUGAAGGAAUGUUGCCACAUGAUUAUGUUCUGGAGGAUCCUGAUUCCCAUUUUAUCUACAUAUGCAAUAAGAAGGAUGAAGAAGUAGCUCAACUACCCUCAUACCCAUUAAUGGGGGAUGUUUUGUACUAGUGAUGUCUGUGGAUGGCAUGGAGGCUAAGAACUAUCUCUUGUCUUCUUGAUCCCCGUGUAGAUCACCAAAUCUACUCUUGUAUUUUGUAUGUUGUAUUUUGUUUUUUUCCAAUCAGCUCUAAAGUUUAUUAUAAGAAUAAAACAUCUUACUUAUAUCUUCUUCAAAGCCUAAAUGGAUUUAUUUCAUCUAUCGUCAUUUGACUCUUUACUAUAUUUAUUGCACAAUACAGUACAAAACAGAGCAAGAAUUCAUUUAUUCGUAGUGCAAAUUACAAAAAGGGUAACUAACCACUCGCACGUUUCUUGACAGGGACGGCAUGAAGUGGGUUUUUCUUAUGCAAGGUACUACCGAAGGUCUCUUCCAUGUCUACAUCCUCAGGGACGACACCGUUUUGUAGUUUCCAUUGAAAGGAAUGAAGAAGAGAAGCAAGAAUGAAAGGCACUGUCCUCAUAGCCAGAGACAUUCCAGGACAUAUUCUUCGUCCAGCCCCAAACGGUAUCAGCUCGAAAUCUCUACCUUUCAAAUCGAUUUCUCGCCCAAACAAAAACCUAUCUGGCUCGAACCGCUCUGCGUUUUCCCACGCCCUCGAGUCUCGUCCUAUAGCCCAAACGUUCACCAAAACCUGAGCAUUCUUAGGCACGAGAAACCCUAAAACCUCUGCGUUUGACUCGGCUUGAUGUGGGGCCAGAAAUGGACCCGGUGGGUGUAAACGCAGAGUCUCUUUCACUAACGCUUGUAAAUAAGGAAGAUGUGAUGUAUCCGACUCCUGAACCACACCGUUUGGACCUACCACAUCGUCCAUCUCUGCUUGAGCUUUAGCCAUUGUCUUAGGGUUGCGAAGUAGCUCAGCCAUUGCCCAUUCCACUGUGCUGGAGUUCGUAUCCACCCCUCCAAUAAACAAGUCCUGACACAAAGUGUUUGAUAUCGUUCACGUUGAGCUCAGAUCCGUUCUGUUUGACUAAAUCCAUAAGCAAAUCCAAGAGAUCGUUUUCAGGCCGCGACGAUUUCUCACUGUUCCGACCAUCGAUGAACCCUUGAAAAACCUGGAACAACCUAUCCGAGCAUACUUUCAUCUCUUUCCGGAUACCUUGCAGAUCAAGAAACCCAAUAAACGGGAAAUAGUUGGCGAGGUUUGGUUUCCCGACGGUUUUCAUUAUACGAACCACCGAGUCUUGGAGCUCCAGGGAGGCUCUCGGGUCGUAACUACUCAAGUCGGUCGAAAACAUAGCGUUUGAGAUUAGAUUGAUGGAUGUGACGAAAGAGGCACGAGCAAUGUCGACGGGUUCUCCUCUUUCGCAUCUGUCGCUCAUAAAGGUUAAAAGUUCAUUCACUUUCUUCAUCCGCACGGACUUCGUGGCUUCGAGACGCUGCGGGGAGAACAUGCGACUCGCUGAUAUCUUCCUCCAUAACCUCCAACGAGAUGACGUGGAAGGUAGCCAGGCCAUGGAGAUAUUGUCGUGGCCGAUGAAUCGAAUGGGGUCGAAGAAGGGUCGUCCAGACAGGACUUGGUCAUGUGUUUUUAGCACCUCUCUUGCGGCCUCUGGUGAAGAAAUUACCACUGUGGUUAAACUUCCAAGCCUGAGACUCAUGAUCGGUCCAUAAAUUUUCGAGAGGUCGGUAAGUGAACGAUGGGGAGCUUUCCCGAUUUGGAGAAUGUUUCCGAUGAUGGGCCAUCCCGGAUGUCCCGGAGGCAGUGCAGUUGAUCUCCGUCGGGAUCUGACGGCGGCAAGGAGGAGGAAUGAUAAUAAGAAGCAAAAGAUGAGGAAAAGAGCCGCCCCCAUUAGAUGUUUUUGAGUCUUUUACGUCUCUAGCUACUUCUAAGCCACCUUCUUCUACUUAUCUAUGGUCUAUGGACAUAAUAUAAAGUUACUCUGUCUAAUAGUUUUGUACUUUUUU